ACUGAAUGGUGCUUUCACCAUUUACAGAGCUGAGAAGCAAAGCAGAGAAGCUUUUCUUUACGUAUACUCUGAGAGGGUGUGCAUAUGUAUAGGACAUAUAUUUUAAAGAAAACUUUUUUAUGAGUAUAUAUUUGUGAUUCAACGGAAAUGAUUGUGGCUGGACAACAGAAUCAUGAGCCACCAAAAGGCAUGGAUCCUGCAUUUCGUGGUAUCAAUGCAAAAGCAGGACUGACAGUGUGGAGAGUUGAGAAUUUUGGACUUAAUAAGCUACCCGAAGCACAAUACGGUCAGUUUCAUGAUGGCGAUUCCUACCUUGUCUUGCAGGCUGAAGGAAGGCAGAGUCCAUACAACUACCAUGUUCAUUUUUGGCUUGGAAAGAAAACAUCUCAGGAUGAAGCUGGCACUGCAGCAUUAAAAGCUGUUGAAUUAGAUGACGUUCUUGGUGGUGCUCCAACCCAAUACAGAGAGAUUCAACAUCAUGAAAGCAGAAGAUUUGUCUCGUAUUUUCCAAAAGGUCUCAAAUACGCUGAGGGUGGUGUAAGAAGUGGUUUUAAAAAAGUCGAAAAACAAUCUAGAAAACGACUGCUGCAAGUAAAAGGGAGAAAAAGACCAAGAGUUUUUGAGGUUCCCUUGCAUUCUGAUUCAUUAAACAGAGGUGAUGUGUUUAUUCUUGACAAUGGUGCGAAAAUUUGGGUGUGGUGUGGAGCAGAAAGUAACCGUGCUGAACGAAGAAAGGCAACAGAGAUUGCACGUGCUUUACGUGAUAAUGACAGAGCGGGAAAAUCACAUGUUAUGGUUGUCGAUGAUGAUCCGAUGGCGCGACCACAGAAGGACAAUAAGAAUGACAGCCUGUCGUUAUUCUAUAGUGACCUAGGGUCAUAUGGACGAAUUAAACCAGCAGGCGAGAGAGGAUCUGAUGAAAGAGUUGAACGUGAAAAGAUGGGUAAUACAACGUUACACAGAGUAUCAGAUUCCAGUGGGCAAAUGAGAGUCACUGAAAUCGCCACUGGCAAUCUUAAGUACGAAAUGUUGGAUACAGCCGAUAGUUUUAUUCUCGACCAAGGUGGUACGGCGUUGUAUGUUUGGGUUGGUAAGAAGUCAACAAAAGAGGAGAAGUUGCAGGGUAUGAAAGUAGCUGUUAAUUUCCUGCGCAGUAAGAAGUAUCCUGACUACACACAGGUUACUAUGGUAAAGCAAGGAUCUGAGCUUUCUUUGUUCAAACAAUGCUUCGUUAACUGGCCACAAGCGGUGAUGAACUUUCAAAAUAAAACCUAUCAUGCCGGUCGAGGGAUUGCUCAAGUUCAACAAACAAAGUUUGACGCAGCAACCCUUCAUCAGCGACAAAAACGUCAAGAUGAGAAGAUGUUUGAUGAUGGAAAUGGAAAAAUUGAUAUAUGGCGCGUUGAAAACUUUAAAUUAGUUCCACAACCUAAAGAGAUGUUGGGAACUUUCUUUGGUGGCGAUUGUUACGUUAUUCUCUACACUUACCAGAAGAACAAGAAGGAGAUGUAUCUUAUAUAUUACUGGCUGGGCUUAGACAGCACUGCAGAUGAACAAGGGACUGCAGCCGCAAUGACGGUGAAGAUGGAUGACAGUUUGGGAGGGGCUGCUGUACAGAUUCGCGUAGUUCAAGGUAAAGAACCUGAACAUUUUUUGAAAAUAUUUAAAGGAAAGAUGAUUGUUUACAGGGGUGGAAAAUCGAGCGGAUUCCGUGGACAUCAAGCGGAAGUACAACAAAGUGGAAUACCUCGCUUGUUUCAAGUUCGAGGAAUGGGUGCUGACAAAAAGAAGGCUCUCGAGGUAGAAGCAGUUGCUGCGUCACUUAACUCUAACGAUGUUUUUGUCUUGCUUACACCACGCGAAGGAUUUCUGUGGUACGGUAAAGGGUGUAGCGGUGACGAGAGAGAGUUGGGUAAAGAGUUGGCCGCACGCAUUGCACCACGAUUUGCAGAAGAUUUCACAAAAGUUUUAGAAAAUAAAGAGCCCGCUGAAUUCUGGGAUUUGCUUGGCGGACCAGGAGAAUACUCAAGCGGACACUAUUUUGAACAAGAGAUACCAGAAUACCCACCCCGUCUCUUUUUAUGUUCGAAUGCAUCUGGAAGAUUCGAAGUGGAGGAGAUCUUUAAUUUCACCCAAUCAGAUAUGGAGUAUGACGACAUCAUGUUAUUAGAUACGCAUGAUAGCAUAUUCAUAUGGGUCGGAAAAGAUUCCAAUACGGUUGAAAAGAAGGAAGCAAUGCGCACAGCCAUUGAAUAUGUUAAAUCGGAUCCAGCAGGGCGAGAUCCUGACAGAGUACAAAUCAUGGUAGUGAAACAAGGCUUCGAACCUCCACAAAUGACUGGAUGCUUUCCUUCUUGGGAUGACAAUGUAUUUGCUCAUGGGAAAAGCUACGAAGAACUAAAACGCGAGUUAAACGACGAAAACGCGGGUGUAACUUUCGUGCAAGAGGAAUUAAGCAAGUUUUCCUUUGAUCGGAAGUAUCCAUUGAAGGUUUUACAGCAAGAAGAAGUCCCAGAAGGUGUCGACCCGACGAGAAAAGAGUACUAUUUAAGUCCUGAAGAAUUUCACGAAGUGUUCGGCAUGUCUUUAAAUCAGUACGAAGGUAUACCACAAUGGAAGAAAGACAUUCUGAAGAAGAAAUUUUCAUUGUUUUAAUUUAUUAUCCACGCACACUAGAUCUUUGCUAGAAUGUUUCUCAAUUAGUAUAUUUAUUUGAUUUUGCCUCGAUUAAUAAUCAUUCUGUUUUGAUCAAUAAUUUGUGUUGAUGUCGACCGAAAUGUUUCAGGCUGCCAUUGUGUGUGCCCGUACUGCAACGUCUUACUUGCGUACAGACACACAGAAUUGCAUGCUGUUUGGUGCAACCAUAAUCGUCCAUGGUCAUACUUCCCUUUAAUUAUGUUAUCAUAAACUCACUUUGUUUUCUUUUGAAUAGCUGUAUAUUUCUUUUUCAUGUACAUAUACAUUAUAGUAAGCAUCUAUUUAGUUAAUGCACAUUUCACCUGUUUAUCUCCACAAUAAUUACCAGCUGUGUAUUUAUUAUCUCCGUAAUGUUUGUGGUAGUGGUAUUUAUUUAUCUCCCUUAUAUUAUUAUUAUUAUUAUUCUAGGUAGUAUUUUUUGUGUAAACAGCGCCUUAAAAAAGUGCGUAUUUUUUAUUGGUCUACUUGAAUUGUUAUUAUUACGAAAUAGAUUUCAUUAAAUUUGA